CAUCAAAUAUGCAAAUGAUGAAAAAUAAUGAUAAAAUGGCAGCCUCAGCAGCAGCAGCAAUAAUUAAUCAACGUGUUGUGAAAGAUACACAAAAAAUGGCCACUGGUCAUCAUCAAAUUUUUCAUCAUAAUCAAAGAAAAAGAAAUAGAAAAAAAUCAUUGCCAAUGGGUAAUAAUCGUCAGAAAAUGCUUCAAUCAUCAUCGACUGUGAUUAAAUCAAAUGGCCAAUUAUCAUUAUUAAAAUCAUCAAAAUCAAUGAGAAACUCGAAUGCAACUCAAAUAAAUCACGUGAAAUCAAAAAUUAAUAAAUCGGGUGAUGAAUAUGACUAUGACGAUGGUGAAAAUGAUGAUGACGAUAAUGAUUCAAAUGAAUCAUCAACAUCGAUACCAUCGAUAUCGCAACAAUCGAUAAAACAACCUGUUUAUGAAGUAAUUGUCAAUGAAGAGGAAACAGAUUUGCCUAAAAAAUUAUUUCAGGUCAAAGCAUUGAUGAUCAACGAUUCAAAUGGUUCGAUAUCGACGACAACGAUUAAUCAAAGAAAAUCUGGUGGUAGUUUUGCUGGAGGAUUAAUGUUCAUUUUAAGUGGCAAUGGUGUCGAUUAUGAACAUCCGGAACAAAGUAAAUUUGCCAUAAAUACAAUUACCGGUGAACUAUUUUUAAUAGCACCAUUAGAUCGUGAUCCACCCGAUGGUCGUGAACAAUAUCGAUUAACCAUACAAGCAGAAGAUGAACGAUCGGAAAAGAUUAAUGGUUCCGUAUUGGUUAUUGUACGUGUACGAGAUAUUAAUGAUAAUCAACCAUAUUUUGAACAACAUGAAUAUCAUGCACAAGUUCGUGAAAAUCUUGGCACCGGUAUCGAUGUGAUACGAUUGCAAGCAAUCGAUCGUGAUCCAGAUUCAAUUAUACGUUAUUCAAUUGAAGUUAAUCGUGUUAAUCAAGAUGGUGAAUUAAUAUUCGAUAUAGAUGAAUUAAGUGGCCUAGUAUCAACAGCGGUUUGUUGUUUAGAUCGUGAAUCUAUUGGUGAAUAUACGAUAAAAAUUUGUGCCACCGAUCAUGCUAUCAAUGGUGAUCAACAGACGUAUCAUUGGUCUAAUAAUAAUAAUCAACAACAACAACAACAAUCAUCAAGCUUAAAUCAAUCAUCAUCAUCAUCAUGUACAAAUGUUAAAAUCAAUGUUACAGAUGAUAAUGAUGAACCACCACAAUUUUUACGUGAUUAUUUUUAUCUAACAUUUUUGGGUGCAAGUAGCAGUGGCAUUGGUAGUAAACAUUUAUCCGGUAUUAAUCAACUUUAUGCUCAACGUAUAUUGCUCAAUCAAACAAUAAUUGAUCAAGAUUUACCGGAAACAAAUCACUUUAUUUGUCGUUUAGAUGUACAGCUAAGAUUUCCUAUUCAAGUGCCAAAAUUAUUAUUACAAAUAAAAUCAUCAACAAUCGAUUCCAACAACAAUAAUAAUAACGAAACGACAUCAACAACAACAACAACAACAACGAUGAAUGUUGAAACAUUAUUCUGGAUGUUUAUUAAAAAUGAAACAGAUUCCAUGAUGACCAACGAUAAAAUGGAUGCAAAAAAUCGUUCAACAGAUAAUCAUCAUUAUCAUCAUUAUGGCGUUGGCCAUUAUACAAAUCUGAAUAAAUAUUUUCAAUGUUUUAUAUCACGUAUGGGUGCAAUACGUAUACAAAUAUCGGAGAAAUUUUCUCGAAAAUAUUUUUAUCAAACAUUAAUACAAGAAUUUGAACAUUAUCGGCAAAAAUUAUGGAAUCGUUUCCGACAACGAUAUGGUGAUGAAUUUCCACAUAAUCUGUUACAUUUAAAAGAAUUGAUACAAUUAUCUGAAUAUGUGGAUAUUUUUAUUGGAAUUUCAGUCAGUGAUUUAGGUUAUUUUGACAUUCCAUCCACGAUAUCAUCAUCAUCAUCAUCAUCAUCAGCUGCUUUAGCUGUAGCAUCAAUACAACAACAACAACAACAGCAACAACAAAUACAACGACAACAACAAUUACAACAUGAUAUAUCCGGUUUACUGGAUACACAUGUUAUACAUGCAGAGUUGGUAAUUAAAUUAUCAAUGGAAGCGCCAUAUGAUUUAUCGAAUGAAUCUGAUAAUCCGGAUGAUAGAACUGGUGAUAAUGAUGAU